AUGCUGGCGACGAGUACCCGGUUCCAAAGCUUCGGGCAAGAGGAAGCGGCUGUCACGAAGCCCGAGGUGAAAGCCAAGGAGGAGAAGCAAGGCUCCAAAGAGGCGCGGAGAGCCAUGAUCGAGAAGAGCACAGUCUUCGAAGCUUUGAUGUCGCACAUCCAGAAUGCCUUGGAGACCCCUGCGCUUCAGUCGGCUGCUUUGCAGCUCCUCCGCCGAGUCCUGCUGAGGAACCGAGUACUCAACGCCGCUGUGUACGAGUGUAUCGAUGCGAUCGGUGACAUCAUGAUCACUGGCUCAGACAAACGCACCGCGCAGCAAUGUGCCCAGAUCUUCGUGGACUUUAUGCUGGACUAUCCGCACGAGCACAAGGCAAUGCAGCUCCGCAUCACGCACCUCCUGAAAAACUUGGGCUAUGCUGAGGAGGGUGGACGCCGUGCUGCCUUGAACUGCCUCUACCUCGUGGUUCUCCAUUUCCCUGAGGUGGAGCUGUCGACGAAAUGGGGCAGCUUGAUCUUUGCUGCAACAGCAGCGCGCCUUCCACAG